UUGUGUGAAUCAGGCCUCAAAUACACACACGAGCUGGAAGAGUGAGACAGCAGCCAGCGAAUGGAAAGAAAGGGAGCUUGUUGAGAAUCAGGAGAAGAGAGAGCUCUUCCAUGGCAUGGUGGAACCCUCUGGCCCUGAUCAGGGAUGCCCUGACAGGUCAAAGGGUACGGGAGAAUGACCUUCGCCACUUGGUAUCCAAUCUGCCUUAUGAAGGCCUAGGGAAGAAGAAACAGCCCAACCGCUACUUGCCGGGAAACGCUAUCAAGACCACCAAAUACACCCUCCUCCUCUUUCUCCCGCUCAACCUCUUUGAGCAGUUUCACCGUCUGGCUAACAUCUACUUUGUGGGCCUGGCUAUCCUCAACUUUGUGCCGGUGGUGAACGCCUUUGAGCCCGAGGUGGCUCUUAUCCCCAUUUGUGUCAUCUUGUCUCUCACUGCCCUUAAAGACGCUUGGGAGGACUUCAGGAGGUACCAGUUGGACAAGAAGCUCAAUAGCAUGCCGUGCUUCAUCUACAGCAGAAAAGACAAGCAAUUUGGGGAGCGCCGUUGGAAGGAUGUGCAAGUGGGUGAUUUCGUGAAGGUGCUUUCCAACGAAAUCGUCCCUGCAGACCUCCUGCUAUUGCACACAUCAGACCGCAAAGGGAUGUGCCACAUAGAGACGUCCAACCUGGAUGGCGAGACCAACCUCAAAGAGAGAAAGGUGGUUCCCGGCAUCUGCGCCACGGAGCCCAACUUUGAACCUGAAAGUUUCAACAGUGUUGUGGUGUGUGAAAGGCCCAACAACAAUUUGAAUCACUUCAAGUGUUAUGUGGAGAAACCAAAUACAGAAAAGGUGGGCGCUGGAAUUGAGAGUCUGCUGCUUCGAGGUUGCACUGUCAGAAAUACCGACCACGCUAUCGGCUUUGUGGUGUACGCAGGCCAUGAAACAAAGUCAAUGCUGAACAACAACGGGCCAAGAUACAAGCGCAGCAAAUUGGAGCGGAAACUGAACGUGGACGUCAUCUUUUGCGUCAUUCUCCUCCUUGCCAUGUGUCUCGUCGGAGCACUAGGUCACUUUUUUUGGCGGCAGGCACUACCUGGCGUGCCCCCUUACCUGGUGCCUGAUAGCAACGGUCAUGUGGUCAGUCCCAGUCUGUCCAGCUUCUACAUGUUCUUCAGCAUGAUUAUCCUGCUGCAGGUCCUGAUCCCAAUCUCCCUCUAUGUUUCCAUUGAGCUGGUGAAGAUUGGCCAGAUCUUCUUCAUCACGCAUGACAUAGACCUUUAUGAUGAGGAGACAGACAGCCGAAUACAGUGUAAAGCUCUGAACAUUACAGAGGACCUGGGACAGAUUGAAUACAUCUUCUCUGACAAGACAGGCACGCUCACUGAGAACAAGAUGGUUUUUCGACGUUGCUCCGUCAUGGGCACGGAGUACCCGCACAAGGAAAACGCCAUCCGCUUGGCUGUUAUGGAUGAGCCAGAAUCCGAAGAGGAGGUCAUCUAUAACCAGGAGCCACUACCCUCACAGCAUGGAUGGUCUCUGGAUUCUGAGGACAGCGACCCUGAAGGCACACAACGGCGCCAUGAAAGCAGACGCAAGAACAAGUUUGCGGCAAACGCCCAGAGCAAUGUGGCCUUCAGCAGUCUACUGGAAACGGAGGUGAUUCCAGACAGGAAGCUGCUCCGGAGGGUCAGCGUUGCAGAGAGUACGAGUAUCAGUAGCCAGAAGAUGGAUCCACACUUCGACUUUUUUCUGGCUCUUGCCAUUUGCAAUACGGUGGUGGUUUCCAUGGGAACAGCUCAGAGACGGAGGACUCAUGACUAUCCAUGCUCCUUUCAGUCAACAAAUCCAUUGGAUAAUUUCUCCAACCUCUUGAAGAAAGCAGGCUCUCUUCGCAACAUAUUUGCACCCAAAAGGGACCGAACCUUCUCAGACACUUCUUUUAAAGAGGACGACCGCUUUAACCCCUUCCCACAAGUGGAUGACUCAGGAGUCUUCCCAUCACAUAGUCAGCGUGAUGAGUCCAGCGGGUUGUGUUAUGAGGCAGAGAGUCCCGACGAGGCAGCAUUGGUGUAUGCCGCCAAAGCGUACGGUUUUAUUCUGCUGAGCCGGACCCCCGACAGCGUGACAGUGAGGAUGCCAUCGGGUCGGGUCCUGGUGUUUGAGGUGCUCGACAUUCUGACCUUUGACUCCAACAGGAAGAGAAUGUCCGUGCUGGUGCGACAUCCCAUCACCAAAGAGUGUGUGCUGUACACUAAAGGUGCAGACUACUCGAUCAUGGAGCUGCUUGGUGCACCGUAUGCUGAGCAUCUCAGUGGAAAUCAGAAGAAUGUCGUGGCAGACACUCAGUAUCACCUCGACUGCUAUGCUAAAGAAGGGCUGCGCACGCUUUGCUUUACAAAGAAGGUUGUGAGCGCUAAAGAUUAUGACAUCUGGUCCAUGAGCAGACAGAGCGCGAAGGCCGCCAUUGACGGCAGAGAGCAGCUCAUUAUGGACACCGCUGUGCAGCUGGAGACAAAGCUCACCCUGCUGGGGGCCACGGGCAUUGAGGACCGUCUGCAGGAGAGCGUUCCCGACACCAUCCUGACACUGCGCGAAGCGGGGAUCAAAGUGUGGGUGUUGACUGGCGAUAAGCCGGAAACGGCUGUCAACAUCGGCUAUGCCUGCAGACUGCUGGAAGAUGAAGACCUGGUGAUUAACAUGAGCUGCAAAAACAAGCUCGCAUGCACUUCCAUCCUGGACUCCACCCUGGAGGAGGUGAGGAGGUAUGAAAACGACCCUCGUAACGUGGACACCACCCCAGACAUCUCUCUGGUGAUCGAUGGACGCACCCUGGCCAUGCUUCUGUCCAAGGAUCUGCAGGGCCGCUUUGUGGAGCUGGCAAAGCGAUGCCGCUCCGUGCUCUGCUGCCGGGUCACGCCCUUGCAGAAAAGCGGCGUGGUGAAGCUCAUCAGAGAGAAGCUCAGGGUCAUGACUCUUGCUGUCGGUGAUGGUGCAAAUGAUGUUAACAUGAUCCAAGCAGCAGAUAUCGGAAUCGGGAUUUCCGGUCAGGAGGGAAUGCAGGCAGUCAUGGCAAGUGACUUUGCAAUAUCUCGCUUCAAACACCUUAAAAAACUCCUACUGGUUCACGGACACUGGUGCUACACUCGCCUGGCCAAUAUGAUCAUUUACUUCUUCUAUAAGAAUUUGGCCAAUGUCAACCUGCUCUUCUGGUACCAGUUCUAUUGUGGCUUCACAGCGACCACCAUGCUGGACUACUGGCUGCUGAUUUUCUUCAACCUCUUUUACACCUCCGCACCCCCCAUUAUGUUUGGGAUCAUGGACAAAGAUGUUUCGGCAGAAGUGCUGCUCGGUGUUCCUGAACUCUAUAGGACUGGACAAGGUGCAGGGGAAUACAGUUUUUGUACCUUCUGGGUUUCCAUGCUUGAUGCCUUCUACCAGAGUCUCAUUUGCUUCUUCAUUCCAUAUUUGGUUUACCAAGAUUUGGACGUCGAUGUUUUCACAUUUGGAAUGCCUUUGAACGCAGUUUCUUUAAUUACCAUCCUGCUGCAUCUGUCAAUAGAGAUCAAAGCUUGGACUGUGGUUCACUGGAUCAUCAUGCUGGGCAGUUUUGCUGUGUCCUUGAUCCUGACGCUGUUAUACACUUCCUGUGUUACCUGCAACUCAUACUGGACGCUCCAGAAUCAACUGACAGACCCCAUUUUCUACCUUAUCUGCAUCAUCACGACAGUGGUGGCCCUUCUUCCCAGGUACACGUUUCACGUGAUGCGGAACUCGAUCAACCCUUCCCCGAUUGUGCAAGGCAGGCAUCUGGACCGCCUGGACACGUCCACAAAGGAGGCGUGGAUCAAAGAGUGGAGGGGCUACAGGGGUGGAGGGGAGGUCAAACGCUCCAAGCUCUCCACUCCACCCUCUCCCAGCACUCCUCGGACCCCGACUUCCCCUGAUUUCUUGGGGAAUGAAAUCACACUGAAGUCAUUUAAAAUAUGAAAAAGACUAGAAAAGCACUGUAGUAUAAUUUGGAGGAUAAUUUAUUCUGAACAUUUUUUUUUACACCUGGAAGUAGCUCAGCAGUGGAGCACUUCAGCAUGGAGCACUUUCAUCAGGGAGAGAAAAACCCCACUCCCCUUUGACCUGUGAAAAUUGUAAUUCAACCUUUUUUCUUUUAUUCACUUGGAGCCGCGCUGAACAACACAUUAGCCAAUCACAUUCCUGAUGGGAAUACAAGGCACAUGUGGUAAAACAUGGCAGGAGUGGAAAUAUUGUCUUUCACUCUGUUAAUGACUCAUGAUGCCACUGCCUAUAUGAUGGAAUGAAUUGUCUUACAGGCUGGUCCUACACUGUACGUGAUUUAAAUUUUUUUUUUUUUUUACAUUUGAAUUGUCCUGUCGUAGUAACUGGAAGUGUGUAUGGGUGUUUUAAACUAUUCAGAAGCAUUUUUCAUUUCUUAUCACACAGAAAGUCUUAUCGAAAUUCAAUGCUUCAACUGAAACCACCUGUCAAAAGGUCUUCAUUUAUCAUUGGCAUACUUCGUUGCUGUAGUAGCACUAGCAGUGCCAGUUAUAUAAAUGUCCCACAACCUGCAGUUUAAUCACUGCUGCGCUCUAGUGUUGGACCAAUACAACUGCACAAAGGUCAAAGGGACACAGACGAAGGAAGGGAGACAUUAAAAUGUUCCCUCAUGCUUCACCUGUUUGUACAAUGUGACAUUUUCAAGACACACAUUUGAGAUGAUAGUAAAAGGAUGUAUAGGGAACCAACCGCUAAGAACAACAUGGGCGACACGAGUGUACCAUGCAAAAUCUUGUAUUGUUUCAAAUGAGGCAUGCCAUGUAUUUCUUUCACAAAUUAAAACCGUUCCAAGCUGUCUUAAUUGGGGUUGUCCCAAUCCAUUUGACAGGAUCAGAACAUUUUGAGCUGAUCAGAACUGCUAGAAAACUUAUCAGGUUUUUAAAUGUUCAUAUUUUAUUAAGUUGCUCACAUGUUUUAGUUCUUUACUUGAUUUGAACCACUGCUGAUUGACAGCUGUAUAAAACUGUAUCAUCUUGAGAUCGAUAAUAAUUUCAAAAAAAGACAAUGAGACAGUGUGGAUGUGAUCUUUUUCUUCUUCAUUGCAUUGCCUUGCAGAGGUAUCGGAUUGUGACUCUAUCGCCAGAUACUCAAAGUCAGGUGACUUGGACUAAGGUGCUAAAAAUGUGAUCGGGACAUCCCUCGUCUUAAUCAAAAAUGUCUGAUAAUCUUCUGUUGAAUACACAAAGAAUCAAGAAUGAUUGUGCAUGUAACAAC